AUUUAUUCCAACUCAGGCUAUCUGGCCUUCCAGGAGAGAGCAGUUUAGUGGAGGGAUUGAGUGAAAACAAUCCCUGGCAAGAUGUCUCUUUUUAGAAAGAUUUUAACUCCCAAACAUGGGAAGAAGAGUAAUCGAAAGGAGGACAGAGACAGUGAUUCAGGAGACACUUCAGAAAUCCAAGAAAUUGGGUUACCUACACAAGUCCAUCAUGAGCUUCAUGUGAAGUUUGACAAGGAAACAGGAAAAUUGGUUGGUCUUCCUAAUGAAUGGCUACAUGUCCUCAACAGCAGCAAUAUCAGCCAAUCUGAACAAAUUCAGAACCCAGAUGCACUUGUCCAAGCUCUGAAGUACCAUAUGUAUUCUAUGAUGAGAGUGCCAUUGGGUUUCAAGCCAAUUACCACCGAAGAAACAAUCAAGGAAGAAACAGAAGAAAUAGACCGCCUUGCAUUGGGGGAACGUUCACAGAAGGAUGAUCCACCAAGCAACAGUCAUGGACAGUCAUCCAAGCCUGAAGCUAAACCUUCUGAAAUAAGUCAGGUACGACCUGUACCUAUGCCCAGGAAGAAGAGCAGUUAUGCAGCUUCAAGCAGUAGCUCCAGUUCACAGGAAGCUGGAUCCAGACACUCCCCAACUACAUUGGAAGAGGUGAAAGAAGGAGUGAUAGAGAAUGGUGUUGGAGUUCCCCAGGUACCAGUCAUCCCACCAAAGCCAGAACCACGGUCAAAGGUGAUUCGGCGUAGAGACCAGAAUUCGUCAGAUGUAGAGAGUGUGAUGCAGGAACUGCAGCAGCUCUGUACACCUGGUGAUCCACGGGAAAGGUUCCUACGGGACAAGGAAGUUGGCUCUGGGGCCUCAGGGACAGUAUUCACUGCAAUGGACCUCAAGAAAAAUGAGCGGGUGGCAAUAAAAGACAUUGAACUGGAUAAGCAACCCAAUCAAAAACUCAUUGUCACAGAACUUCAGGUCUUGAUAGAAGUUCAGCAUAAAAACUUAGUCAACUUCCUUGAUGCCUACCUGCUUGAUAGACAUCUAUGGGUUGUAAUGGAACUCCUCGAAGGUGGACCUUUGACAGAUGUUGUCACUGAGACUGUCAUGAAUGAGGGCCAGAUGGCAGCUGUGUGCAAUGAAGUCCUUGAUGCCUUGUGUUUUUUGCAUGCAAGAGGCAUCAUUCACCGUGAUAUCAAGUCAGAUAAUGUUCUCCUUGCAAUGGAUGGGUCAGUGAAGGUGACAGACUUUGGGUUCUGUGCCAAUAUAGUUGGGGAUGAGAAAAGACAGACAAUGGUUGGCACACCCUAUUGGAUGGCACCUGAGGUUGUGACCAGGAAGCAGUAUGGGAAGAAGGUGGACAUCUGGUCCCUGGGUAUCAUGUGCAUUGAGAUGGUGGAGGGGGAACCUCCAUAUUUACGUGAAUCCCCCCUUAAGGCUCUUUACAUGAUUGCUGCCAAUGGAAAACCCUCUGUACCAACAUGGGACAAACUCUCCCCAGAUUAUCAGGUAGUUUUCAUGCUUUUGGAUUUCAUGAAUUGCUGCCUAGAGGUGGAUGUUGACAAAAGAAGUACAGCUGAAGAAUUGGCAUCCCAUCAAUUCCUCAAAAAAGCCCAAGACCUUCGAACACUAACUCCCCUCAUCCAAGCUGCUCAUCAUGUGCUUCAUAAAAGCAUCUGA